CUAUCUUUGGUCAUCUCGAGUCCGGAUUAAUCCGACACCAGGUGCCUCCGCCAUGCAACCUCAGUUCAACCCCAACAAGAUCAAAGUCAUACACCUGAGGUGCACCAUUGGGGAAGUUGUCUGCCCUGGACCUGUCGGCCCCCUAGGUCUAUCUCCAGAAAAGGUUGGUGAUGACAUUGCCAAGGCAACCAGUGAUCGGAAGGGUGUGAGGAUUACAGUGAAACUGACCAUUCAGAACAGACAGGCCCAGAUUGAAGAGCUACCUUCUGCCUCGGCCCUAAUUAUCAAAGCCCUCAGGGAACCACCAAGAGACAGAAAGAAGCAGAAAAACAUUAAACACAGUGGAAAUAUCACUUUUGAUGAGAUUGUCAACACUGGCCGUCAUAUGCAGCACAGAUCUUUAGCCAGAGAACUCUCUGGAACCAUUAAAGAGAUCCUGGGACUGCCCAAUCUGUGGGCUGCAAUGUUGAUGGCUGCCACCCUGAUGACGUCAAUAGUGGUGCAGUGGAAUGCCCAGCUCGUUAAGAACUACGAACAAAAGUAGUUCAAUAAAGGAUUAUUUGGGACUUGUGGCUGGCUCAGUCGGUAGAACAAUAUGACUCUUGAUCUCAGGGUCAUGAGUUUGAGCCCCACGUGGGGUGUAGAGAUUACUUAAAAAA